AUGUCCUGGACAGAAAAGGUGAAACAACUUGGCGGUGUUCGCCAGAUACUUGGCGAGAACAUGACCUUCAACAAGACAAAGUUCGACAUCUUCAAUGCAGCACAAGAUGGAAAUAUAGGAUACGGUAAUCAAUUCAAUCCUGCGAUUCCUGCGCUACAGCUGGUGAACGAGCUUCGUGAAAACCAGACAUCUGCAGGUCUUGGUAUUCCCUACGUUCUUGUCACGGACUCGAUCAAUGGGAUCUAUUUGUUCAACGGGACCUUGUUUCCUGCUACUUUGUCCAUGGCAUCAUCGUUCAAUGUGCCGCUGUAUGGAGAGGUCAUCGCCUCCAUCCGGGAAGAGUGCAAAGCAAUCGGUAUUAAUUGGGUUCUAUCACCGGAAUUGGAUGUCGUGACAGAUCCCCGUUAUGGCCGGGUUGGUGAAACCUACGGCGAGGAUCCGUAUAUGAAUGGAGAAUUUGGGUUGAAAUACGUCAAGACCAUGCAAGAAAAAGAUGAGAAUGGAUUUAUGAAGGUUGCGGCCACAAUAAAGCAUUUUGUUUACGGCUGGGAGACUGGAGGUGUCAACACGGCGCAUCAAUAUGGGGGAAUCAAUCACAUCUACAACGAUAUGUUACCCCCUUUCAUCAAGAUUAUCUCCGAGGGAAACCCUGCCUCGCUGAUGGCUUCAUAUGCUAGCCUUGAUCGUGUUCCUAUGUCUGCGAACAAGUUCAUGCUCCAACGUGUCCUUCGAGAGGAUCUUAACUUUGACGGGAUUAUCAUGUCUGACGCUGGUGCACUGAAUGACCUGUCGCGGGAGUUCAGAAUCGCUGAAACUUCUCAAGAUGCUGCUAUCUUGGCCGUCAAGGCAGGCAUGCAGAUGGAACUAUCACCAGGAGAAGAAUCUGCCACACAGACGCUGGUAAAUGUGACUAGCGACGCAGAGAUCACAGCGCUGGUCUCAAAUGCGACUUUCAAAAUCCUCGAGCUCAAAUUCAACCUUGGUCUCUUCGAUUUGCCGCUCCCAUCAGUUGGAAACGCGACCAAGAUCCUGCGUGCCCCAGCCCACCUCGAAGCGGCCCGCAAUAUCUCCCGAGAAUCCAUCGUCCUGCUCCAGAAUGACGGCACUCUCCCACUGAAGAGCAACACAUCCCGCACUGUCGCCGUAAUCGGACCAUACGCCUCAAUCAUUGAUCCGGGCUCCUACGCACCCCACAGUACAGACGACACCACUCACGGCAACUCCCUCCUCCAAAGCCUCCAACUCGCCCUGGGCCCCCAAAACAUCAUCCACGAGCCAGCCGUCGACUUCCUCGACCGGACAAACCGCACCGGGAUCCCGCGCGCAGUCAAAGCAGCCAAAUCCGCCGAUCUGGCCAUCCUCUCCGUAGGCUCUUUAUCCGUCUACCCAAGCGACCCGCUCGAUGGCAAACGCACAGACGGAGAGUUCUAUACACACGGGGACCUAGGCUUCCCGGGCCUCCAACAAGAACUUAUCGAUGAGAUCCUGGACACGGGCGUUCCUACGAUCCUCGUCCUCAGCGGCGGACAAGCGUUCGUUCUGAAUAACUCCACUCUCCGCGCAAACGCAAUCUUGCAUACCUUCCUGGCAGGCGAAUACACCGCAGACUCGGUUGUCGAGAUCCUGUCCGGAAAAGUCAACCCCAGCGCCAAACUUCCCAUCAGUAUCCCCCAGGCGAACGGUGCGUUCCCCAUCGCAUAUAACUGGCUACCGUCAGAUAACAACGGAGGAGAUGCCGGAAGUGCGAUUUACGGGUCGACUGCUUGGCAGUUCCCGGCUGUGACGAUUGAGCCCCCGAUGGCUUUUGGAUUUGGGCUUGGCUAUGCGAAGUUCAAUAUGUCUGGGGUUGAGGUUAAGGACGGUAGAACUGAGGCAGGAGAUGUGGCCUUUGAGGUUUCGGUCAAGGUGACGAAUACGGGCAGUGUGGCUGGGAAGGAGGUUGUGCAGGUUUACUUUAGGCAGAGCUUGUCGACUAUCGAGUUGCCGGUUAAGCGGCUUAUUCGAUUUUCCAAGGUUGAGAUCGAGGCUGGUCAGUCGGAGGUGGUUACCUUUGUGGUUCCGCAGAAGGAAUUGGGGUAUUAUCUGAAUAUGGAGUGGACGUUGGAAAAGGGGGACUAUACCUUUUAUGUUGGAUCUAGUUCGAAGGAUGAGGAUUUGCAGGAGUUGAAUGUGAAGAUUGGGUAA